GCGGCGCGCGACCGGGGAAACCUAGGGACACUGAAUUUCCCGGAACACCUGAACACACCAAGGAGUGAGUUACAGUGUAUCGGCUCCGCACAGUACGCUGGACCUUAACUUUACUUCUGACACAAGUUAUAACGCUCACCGCUAUCGGAUACACCAGGAGUACAACAAUAUUUACUUCGUAAAAAAUAUGGAUGAGUAUGACAUUAUCGAUGAUGCUGAAAUUGAAGAAAUUAAAAAGUCACUAGCCGAUGAAGAUCUGCCAUCAGCUGUUGACAAGAUUAAGGAUUACUUUGCACAACUAGACCUUGUGGAACUGAACAUCGCUAUAACAGGAGAGUCUGGAUCUGGAAAGUCCACAUUUAUCAAUGCCUUUAGGGGUCUAGGGGAUGAAGAUGAAGGCUCUGCAGAAACUGGUGUUGUAGAGACCACUACAGAGCCUACUGUUUACCCUUAUCCAAAAUUCCCAACUGUCAAAUUGUGGGAUCUCCCUGGCAUUGGAACCCCCAGAUUCAAAGCUGAUGAGUAUCUCAAACAGGUUCAAUUUGAACAAUAUGAUUUUUUCAUCAUCAUCGCAUCAGAUCGCUUCAGAGAAUGCCACGCCAAUCUGGCAGCAGAGAUACUGAAAGUGAAAAAGAAGUUUUAUUUUGUUCGCUCAAAGAUUGACAGCAACAUCGAAGCUGAAAAAAGAAAGAAGACAUUUAACAAAGAAAAAACCUUGGAUACAAUCAGAGACAAUUGCAUUAAAGGUCUAGGAGAGAUUGGUCUAAACUCGCCUGCUGUCUUCCUGAUUUCUUGCUUUGAACUUGGUCUCUAUGAUUUUGAUCGUCUUGAACAAACCAUGGAGAAGGAACUUCCUCAGCACAAGAGAGAUGUACUGAUGCUUGCACUUCCAAACAUCACUCUGGAGAUCAACAAAAGAAAAAAGAAGGCACUGCAGAGCAACAUAUGGAAGUUGGCACUGCUCUCUGCCUCAGUUGCUGCUGUGCCAAUACCUGUUUUUAAUGCAGUUGCAUCAUUCAGUGUAGAUGUGACCAUCUUGGUCUCAGAGCUAAAGAAAUAUUACAAUGCCUUCAGUUUGGACCCAGAUUCCUUACAUAAACUUUCUGAGAAAUCAGGGAAAUCGGUAGAUGAACUAAAAGUUGUGAUAAAAUCUCCUUUAAAUAAAGAAAUAACCCAAGAUGUGGUUAUUAAGUUGCUGACAAAUUCAAGUAUUUUUGCUGUAGGAGCAGUAGGCGAGUACUGGCUGGGAUUUAUUCCUGGUCUGGGAUCUCUGACAGCUGGGCCACUGUCCUUCGCUACUAUUUACUACAUACUUAAGAAGUGUCUUAAUGAACUUGCUGAAGAUGCCCGAAAUGUGCUCCUAGUUGCUUUACAAACAUCAGUAUGAAAAUCACUUCAAGCGCAGAAUUUAGUCGUUUCAUUCUUCCUUCUUUAAUUAUAUAUACAAUUAUUAGUACUCACCAUUAAAAUUAAAACAAACUAAUUGAUUUAUAAUUAUGACUAUUUAUUGAUUUUUGAUCAAUCCUUUUUCAAAAAAUCUGGUAAAAUUGUGAUUGUUCAUAACAUAAACUACUUGGCCAAAAAAUAACAGACUCUAAGAUUCAGUUCUAUUGUCAUUUGCUUACUGUAGAUUGUGGCACGCAGUCUGGUGGUGAAAAUGAUUCCUUAUGCCCCCAGAACCACUCAUGCUGUGCCACCACCAGGGAUGAAAAAAUCUAUAGGUGGGAUCCUCCAAUUAUUCAAUACAUUAGGUAAUAAGCUGACUUUGUUUUUUGUAACAUCACAUUGCUAAGCCUUGACCAAAUCAUAACACAGAGGCUUGUACUGUAGGCACUAUGCAGGAUUCAUCAUUUCAUGCGCUUCUUUCCCUGAUGUGCCCAUCACUCUGGAAGAGGGUCGGUUGGGACUUAUCAGAUUACAUGACCCUCUUCCAUUACUCAAAAGUGCACUUUUUGUGCUGUCUUGCAUACGACUGCUUUUUCAGUUUUUUUUUCUUUUUCUGUUGAUUGUGUGUAUGUGUAGAAAUGCUUGCUUUUACAAUUAAGCUUUUUAAAUGAUUUCUAAUUAGAUUCAUUUAGGAUUUCUUUUCCCCCGAUCACAUUUGUUCAUGAAGUUGUCAGUUCAGCACUGUCCUUCCAGGUUUUAAUAAUGCUUUGAACAACUUAACCCAAUUCCAGUAAUGUAAAUGUUUUCUUUGCUUCGUAGAGUCCAAUAUCUUGGACUCUACGUAACUUUUUACUGAGAACUGCACACUUUGCUCUUAAAAUAAAUGUUAAUUUAGAAACUGCCAAAUGAAAUCUCUUAUAAUAUUCUCACACACUGAAAGAAUAGUCAGUAAAAUCAGCCAAAUGUUUUCCUCGGUUUCUAUGUGGGUUGAUAAUACUGUGUACAUACGUAAAAGGCGAGGUUCAGUUCCACUCAUGUACUGUAAACUAUUCCAGCGCAAGCUACAAACAGGUAUACCUGAACCACGUGUAUGGUAAGUACACUAAAUCAUACUUUUCUUAAAAAUAUGCUAUGCCAAAGUAUACUUAAGUUUAGUUACUAUAGGUAUAUCUCUGAUGUGUACAUAAAAAGUCAACUGAAAGCAUAAUUACUUAUUUUUAGUUUAAAUAUAAUUUUUGUUCAUUUGAAAUUCUUUUUGGUAACGUUGGACGUAUAUGGAAAUUUGGAUGCACAUCUCUUAUUAAAUAAUAACAAUCUAGUAUUCACUAUAGUAGUUAAGAUUUGAAAAUGUAUAAAAAGAUAAAUGGGGGGUGGGGUCACUUUUAAUGGGCCUGAUCCAGGCGAUGAAAAACAAAUGUAUUGUUAUCAAAGAUUCACAGGUAAAUGCUGGAUUUACAGUUUUAUGAGCACACUGGGGGGUCAGGUGUGAAUAAGCAGCAAUUAAAAAUGGUUUACAGGGAGGUCAGGACUAUUUGUUCACACUAUGGUCAAGACCCAUUUCCUUGAAGCAUUCAGCAAAUUACAGGAAAGUGGAACUGAAAAACUCUUUUAUAUUAUUUUAAUAACCACGUGACAUGGUUAACCUAAAUGACAAGAAAUACUAGUGAGCUUUGUCUGCUUUGUUCACAACAUCGAAUUUGCCAUUGUUGUACAGCAUUUCUCAGGUAUACAUACAGUACUGUGGUCGUAACUCUGUGUAAAAGUAAGAUUAAACUAAUAAUCUCAUAAAAAGAAGCUUAAUUUGUUUUGUUUCAUU